CAAGAAAUUGCAUUGAAGAAGGUCUCACGGCGCGGCGGGCCACGGAAUUAUUAGCCACUUUUGCGAAGACUCUUCUUAUUCUUCAAGACGCCCCUGUUCGAGUAAUGAAGAUAGAAGUAUUUACCAUGUUGACCAUUUACUCGAGCCUUGCCUUUAUGGUGCUUAUAUCGCUGUCUCAUGCCUUAUCUAAAGACGAAGUUCCAGCCGAUCCUGUGUUUGAUAAGUAUGAAGAGAUGGUUGCGUUACCUGGAGGAAAGUUCAUGAUGGGGUCAUCGAAAUCAGAUGGCAAGGAUGGAGAGAGUGUCCAGAGAAAAGUCACUGUGAAACCUUUUAAAAUCAACAAGUAUCCUAUUACUGCAGCAUCAUUUAGGAAGUUUGUGAGAGCAAAGAAAUACAAGACAGACGCAGAGAAAUAUGCCUGGAGCUUUGCAUUUGAUGCGUUCGUUCCAGAGGCCAUCAAGAACACUAUUGAGCAGAGAUUACCUGGUGCACCCUGGUGGAUUCCAGUUCAGAAUGCUUAUUGGAGACAGCCAGAAGGUAAAGGAAGUGGCAUCGAGAAUCGAUUGAACUACCCAGCCGUUCACAUCAGCAAUGUCGAUGCUAGAGCAUUCUGUCAGUGGCAUGGAUGGAGGUUACCAACAGAACCAGAAUGGGAGUUUGCAGCUAGAGGGAGUCUAGAAGGCAAAGAGUAUCCUUGGGGAAAGAAAUUUGAAAAGAAUAGGAUGAAUAUUUGGCAGGGCAAAUUUCCCGAAAAGAAUACCAAGGCUGAUGGGUAUCAUGGCGUAAGUCCUGUUGAUGCAUUCCCACCUCAAAAUGAUUAUGAUCUGUAUGACAUGAUCGGCAACGUCUGGGAGUGGACGUCGACCAAAUUCAGUGCCACGCCCAGUGCCAAAGAUGACGCCCCCUCCCCUGCCGGAGAAGAGGAGAACCCCUCCCAGGUGCGCUUUGUCUUGAGGGGUGGCUCAUACAUCGACUCCAAAGAUGGAAAAUUCAACCAUGCUACUAGAGUCACAACAAGAAUGGGUAACGAAGCAGACGCUGGCUCCGACAAUUUAGGAUUCCGAUGUGCUGUCUCGUUACCUACUGGUACCAGCGAAAAGAAACCAAAGGGAAAGAAGAAGAACGCAGAUAAUGUUGCAAAAGAAGAACCUACAGUGACGGAGCUUCCAGAGGGUGCCAAAUUUGUGCGACCGAACCCAGCAGAUUUAAACGGGAAGGGAAAAAAGAAGAAGAAUCGAAAUGAACUUUAAUGAAAAUUUCCUGUUAUUAGUUUUAGUUAUUAACCAAUUUCAAUUCGGUAGCAAUACAUGUACAAUCCAAGGAAGAGGUUUACAGUGCUGUAUUUUAGGGUUUCCUUCUGAACUGAAAUGAUCUUUAAAGCCUUUCUGCACUAGUUUGGCCAGGAGGGAUUAGACCUCCCUGUCUGGUCACUGGCAGGUGGUUAUCUCAUUAAAUCAGCUCUCAAUCAACAUAAGAAAAAGGGGACCAUGGGGGACAAACGGUCACCGCUUAGGUAUUGUUUUUUAUAUAGAGGGCGCAAGCAUCUAUUAGUAGUGCAGUGGGGCUUUAAUGAACAUUUCCUAUUGUCAGUUUUAGUUAUUAACCAAUUUCAAAUCUGUAGCAAUACAAUCCAAGGAAGAGGUUUACAGUACUGUAUUUCAGGGUUUGGUUUUUAUCCUGUUUACUACUUAAUUGACAGAAUUUACGUAGGUUUAACAAAGGAUCUCCCAGUUACUGUUAAAAGCUAAUGUUUAGCAAAGCUGGUGCUAUUUCUGUAACAUGUUUUAAUGGGCUGUCCUAAAAAAUGAGACUUGUGCCGGUUUCUUGCAGCAAGUCCCAAGUUCUCCAUGUUUUACUCAUUAUGAUUUAAUUGAAUCCGGAAAAUAAAUAAAUAAUGUAAAUGCCCAACUGAGUGGUAAUUCCACCGGGGGAAAAAGCUGCACAAAAUUGUUUAAUGUGAUUUUAUUUAAUAUAGAUGUAUAUGAAUAUUUGUUUUUAGAGCAACUAAUGUCUUCUUCUCAAAGAGGUAAAGAAUAAGUGUUGUCAGGAAGAGAAAAUCCCUCCACUUCCAUGUAAACCUCUCCUUGGAUCUCAUUGGGGAAAUUAAUAAAUUUGGUGGACUUCAGAAGUAUUUUUUGUUGUUGUUAGUUUACUAAUUAUGUAUAGUUUAUUGUUACUUUUAUAUCCAUGUGGCAAAUGCCAUAGUCAAAGUUUAUUGUUUAUUUUCUAUUGGUGCCUUUAAUAGCAUUUUACCAAAGGUAUAAGGAAUUUGUCUGGUGGAUUCAUAUACAUUGUAUUUUGAAAAUGUUCUUUCCCCGUUCAAGCACAAUUUGUAAGGUCAUUUGAGAACAAGAGGGGUAUUAGCACAUUUUGUCAUUUCAUUAAAAAUCAUAAUGGAAUGAGAAGGGUGUCAUUACUCAAUAGGUCUUUGAUAUUACUAUAUUUAAGCAGUAAAAUAUUAAACAGAUUUAAAAAAGUAGCAGAACAGCCGGCUCUGUACAAGAACAUUUGAUAUUGUAUUAUCCCAUGAAUUGAAUUAACACCCUUCUGAAUCUUGUUGGACAUCGUAUGAUAAAGUUUUGAUACUCCUGAUUCAAUGUAGGUGUGUUUUCAACCAUCGGGAUAGACUUUACAGAAUAUAUCUGUAUUUAUUGUUACUUCUAUGAAGGUGAUGGUACACGUAUCUUUUUCUUACAAGUGAAUUUAAAGUUAUUUACUCUCUAUUCCUGUAUUUCAUAACUCCCACCUUUUUGUGUGUGGUUCUGUAACCCCUAAAUGCGAUGCUUGGCUAAAACUGUUACCCCUUGUUGGCAACUAUCUGUUAAUUUAAAUGGGAUCAGUUUCAUGUAUGAACCAGUCAUUACCCUGUGAAAAUACAAAAUUAUUCCCAUAGGGGUCUUGACCCUCCAGUUAAGACCUACAUGUACUGCUCCUUUUUCUUGGAUUUUUUCCUCCAAUAAUUGUGAAGAUUGGUAGUAAUCCUGAAAAACAAGCUGUUCUGCUCUAUUAUUACAACUGAUAGAAGUAUUGUACAAAGGGUAUUCACUCAAUGGACCUGUUUGUUAACUCCUCAUGGGAAUAACCGAUACAUUUCGUUAAAUUUGGCAAGAAAAAGGCAAGUUCAUGUAUCUGAAAUGAAUCUUUAUGUAUAAAUUGUACAUGUUAACAAGGAACCAUUUCACAUUGCAAAUAAAACUAUUGCCAGUUUGUUAGGAUAUUUGAAAGAACCUUCAAUGACAAUAUUGUAAAAGCUGACGACACAAUCAUGUUUGUCCAGAAUUUCCAUUCAGUGAAUCACAAUUUGUAUUAUAGCAUACAACUGGCAAUAAAAUAUAACUGUACAACAGUA